CCUCCUCUUCCUGUUCACAGAUAUACACUGAGGACAGCACACGGGUUGAUCAAAGAGAUGCUCCACCUGGACAUGUAUCACCUGUUGGUGCUGCUGCUGCUGUGCAGCCCAGGACUCCAGGCUGAAGGAGAACACACCUCAACAGAGUCUGUCAGAUUGGUGGGAGGAGAGAGUCGCUGUGCAGGAACACUGGAGGUGAAACAUCGUAGAGAAUGGAGACCAGUUGAUGGCUCUGCCUGGACCCUGAAGACAGCAGCUGCUGCCUGCAGAGAGUUGGACUGUGGCUCUGCUGUUUCUGUAGAAGAGAGAAAAGAGUCCUCAGACAGAUCUGUGUGGUGGAUCAAGUCUGACUGUGUUCUGUUUGGAUCUUCUCUGAGGGAGUGUGCAUCAUCAUCGUCAUCAGAUUACUCUUCCUCCAUCCUGUAUCUCAACUGUUCAGACUCUGUCAGGCUGGUGAAUGGGACCAGUAUGUGCUCAGGCAGACUGGAGGUGAAGACUAACCAGUCUACCCAGCGCUGGUCCUCAGUGUGUGAAGAUGUCUCUGACCAGCAGGAUGCAGAGGUGGUCUGUAGGGAGCUUGGCUGUGGGGCUCCUUUGGUCCUCCAGGGGGCGCUCUAUGGAGAAGUGGAGGCUCCAAUGUGGACCAAAGAGUUCCAGUGUGGAGGCCGUGAGUCUGCUCUCCUGGACUGUAGAAGCUCAGGCUCAGAUAGAAACACCUGCUCACCUGGAAAAGAUGUUGGACUCACCUGCUCAGAGCCUGUCAGGUUGGUGGGAGGAAACAGGCGCUGUGCAGGAACACUGGAGGUGAAAUAUCAGAGAGAAUGGAGACCAGUGGAUCUCUAUUUCUGGCCCCGGAAGGAAGCAGCUGCUGCCUGCAGAGAGUUGGACUGUGGCUCUGCUGUUUCUGUAGAAGAGAGAGAGUCCUCAUACAGAUCUGUGUGGUGGAUCAGGUCUAACUGUGUUCAAUUUGGAUCUGCUCUGAGGGAGUGUGCAUCAUCAUUGUCAUCUUCUUCCAUCCUGGAUCUCACCUGCUUAGGUAAGCCCUACGGUGACAUCAUCUAUGACAUCAUCUAUGACAGUAAUGUACCCAGGUUGACACACACAUGCAGCAGCUAGAAUGGCAGCAGAUUGUCUCCAGCAGCCAUGACGGAGUCUGAUGAGCUGCUUCCUCAGUA